AUGGCAGCAGUAACUGACACAAAUCCAUCCUCCUCUUCAUCCAUUUUCUCCAUCAAAAACUCCCGCCCUCCAGACGACACCGUUUUUUACUCCAUCUUUCCCGAUUCCUCCGUCACCUCCGCCACUACCGCCAACUCCGCCGCCGCUGUCACCGAAGAACUCCAAUCCCUCCACCUCCAAAUCCUCAACCACCUUACCCCUUACACUGCACGGUACAUAUGGCAACACCAACCCUUCACUCUUUCUCCUUCAUUCAACCUUAUUCCCCACCUCUCCGGCCACCUCCGGUUUGGGGACAAUCUCGAGGAUGAGUGGUUUGUUGUCUUUCUACUGUUUGAAAUUUCUAGAAAUUUCCCCAGUCUCUCAAUUCGUGUCUGGGAUUCAGAUGGCGAUUUUUUGCUCAUUGAGUGCGCUUUUCAUCUGCCCAAAUGGAUGAACCCCGACACCUCCCCUAAUCGUGUAUUUAUUCGCCGCGGUCUCCUGCAUAUUGUUUCUCCCUCUCAUAUUCCUACCACCCCAGAUUUAUUAGACUCCGCUAAAUUCUUGAUUUGUAGUGAUGGUGAUACGAAAGCUCCUCAAGCAAUUCAAUCCCAUUUGAGUAAGAAAAUCAGUGAAUACCCUGAGCGUGCAUAUAAGAAUAUGCAUAGAGCGAGAGUGAUGAUUCCGGUGUCUGUAGCAUGGCUUUUGAAGCAAGAGCCGAGUUUUGUGUCUUUGGCUGUGGAGGGAUUUUAUAACAGGGAUAUUGAUAGUAUGAAGGAUGCUGCAAAAAUGGAGAGAUUUCUGCCGAAGGGGAAAGAGGAAGAGAUGGUUGGGGUAGUUGUCAGCAUGUCGAGGGCAAUGUAUGCACAGUUGGUGCAGCAGAAGUUUCAGGCUCCAAGGAUUUAUCCGAUGCCAGCAUCAAGGAGUGAUGUUGCUCGGUAUAUGGAGGCAGAGCUUGGGAUGAAGAUUGCUUGUGGGUUUGAGAUGAUGUACCAGUUGAGGAAGAGGCAAGGGGAGGAAGGGAAGGGGAGUACUUGGGAGGCAUUUAGAGAGAGCUUGGAGAGGAGCGGGUAUUUUGAGGGGAUGUUGCCAGGGUCAAAGGAGUACAAGAGAUUGAUGGAGAAAGCCGAGCAGUAUUAUCGAAAUAGUUCAUUACAUUCUAGGGCAAGUGAAAUGCUGAGCUCUCCUGCAGGACGUAUAGAUGAGAUUCUUGCACUUCCUCAUUCGUCCAAUGAUUUCAAAGGUCGGGAGCUUCCUCUGUCAGAUGAUGAUUCUUGGCUUUACGGUGGGGAAGAUGAGCUAAAUGCUGCUCUUGAGGAGAGACAAAAGGAGAUGGAACUUUAUGAUUUCAAGCUUAAGAAGAAACAGAAGUCAGAAGAGCAGCUGGAUGGGGAUCCAGCAUCUACCAAAGAUUUGGAGGAUUAUGAUCUUGGAGAUAUAGCAAAAUCCAUGCAAGCAUUUGUUAAAAAAGUUUCGAGUUAUGAAGGAGCUGAGGUUCCGGAAAACAGAAACAUGAAAGAUGUGAAUCUUGAUGUGGAUCAAUUUAUGAAAGACAUGGAAUCAGUAAUGAGGCACCGUGGUUCAGAAGAUAUCGGUAGCGAUCACGAUCUUGAAGAAGAGCCAUUAUCAGACAUGGAUUUUGAUGAGUCUGAUGAUGAGAGUGACACUCGUGACGAUAAUGAAGAGGGAGGGGAGACUUUCAUGCAAUCUUAUUCAGAUGCUCUGAAUGAGGAACUGAAGGCCACCACACUUGAUAAGACUUUUGUCCGUGCAAAUGAACAAUCCGUGAAGAAGGACGAGGUUCGUAUUUUUAAUUUGUAG